AAGCAGAUUGUGCUUUCCUCCUACUCUGAUUUAAUAGCCAGUCCUCUUGUGUCUUCCAGGAAAGCUAUUGCCAAAUCCAGCCUCCAGCACAUGGUAGCCCAGCCAAACCCUGCACUAGCCCUGAGGAGCGACUCAGAGAGGCAGAUACGCAACACUGUGGACUGGAGUGAGACUGCAGUCUAUGGGGAGCACAUCUGGUUUGAGACCAAUGUUUCUGGGGACUUCUGCUACGUUGGGGAGCAGAACUGCAUGGCAAAGCUGCUGCAAAAACCUCUCUCCAGGCGUAAGUGUGCAGCCUGUAAGAUCAUAGUGCAUACACCCUGCAUCGAACAGCUGGAGAAGAUAAAUUUCCGCUGCAAACCUUCUUUCAGGGAGUCAGGAUCCCGGAACAUACGGGAGCCCAUCAUUGUCCGGCAUCACUGGGUGCACCGGAGACGGCAGGAAGGGAAAUGCCGGCAGUGUGGCAAGGGUUUCCAGCAGAAGUUUGCCUUUCACAGUAAAGAGAUUGUAGCCAUCAGCUGUUCCUGGUGCAAGCAAGCGUAUCACAGCAAAGUGUCAUGUUUCAUGCUGCAACACAUCGAAGAGCCCUGCUCGUUGGGGGCUCAUGCUGCUGUCGUCGUUCCUCCCACCUGGAUUCUGCGGGUCCGGCGGCCUCAGAAUCCACUGAAAUCUAGCAAGAAGAAGAAGAGGACAUCAUUCAAGCGGAAAUCCAGCAAAAAGGGAGCUGAGGAAGGGAGGUGGAAACCCUUUGUCAUCAAGCCCAUGCCAGCUCCUCUCAUGAAGCCCUUGCUGGUGUUUGUGAACCCCAAGAGCGGUGGGAAUCAGGGAGCCAAGAUCAUCCAAUCCUUCAUGUGGUAUCUCAACCCACGGCAAGUUUUUGACCUCAGCCAGGGUGGACCCAAGGAGGCGUUGGAGCUGUACCGCAAAGUCCACAACCUCCGGAUCCUGGCAUGCGGGGGAGAUGGCACGGUGGGCUGGAUACUCUCCAUUCUGGACCAGUUGCGCAUCAACCCACCUCCUCCUGUAGCCAUCCUACCUUUGGGGACAGGGAAUGACUUGGCCAGGACACUGAACUGGGGUGGGGGUUACACGGAUGAGCCUCUGUCCAAGAUCCUGUCGCAUGUAGAAGAUGGGAACAUAGUACAGCUCGAUCGCUGGAACCUCGAUGUGGAGCCAAACCCUGAUGUGAGCCCUGAAGAAAAGGAUGAGGCAGCCGCUGACAAGCUCCCUUUGGAUGUCUUUAAUAACUACUUCAGCCUUGGCUUUGAUGCACGGGUGACGCUGGAGUUCCAUGAAUCCCGAGAGGCCAACCCAGAGAAGUUCAACAGCCGGUUUCGGAAUAAAAUGUUCUAUGCUGGGACGGCCUUCUCUGAUUUCCUCACUGGGAGCUCCAAAGACUUGGCAAAGCACGUCCGUCUAGUUUGCGAUGGGACAGACCUGACCUCCAAGAUUCAGGAUCUGAAGCCCCAGUGCGUGGUCUUCCUGAACAUCCCAAGGUACUGUGCAGGCACCAUGCCCUGGGGCAACCCUGGGGAACACCACGACUUCGAGCCUCAGCGCCAUGAUGACGGCUGCAUUGAAGUUAUUGGCUUCACCAUGACAUCCCUGGCUGCCUUGCAGGUUGGUGGCCAUGGGGAGCGGCUCUGUCAGUGCCGGCAGGUGGUUCUGACCACGUCCAAGGCCAUCCCCAUGCAGGUAGAUGGAGAGCCCUGCAAGCUGGCAGCUUCCUGCAUCCACAUCUCCCUGCGUAACCAAGCCAACAUGGUGCAGAAGACCAAGCGGCGCAACUCCAUGCCUCUGCUCAAUGACCAGCAGCCAGUGCCCGAGCGGCUGCGGAUCCGGGUGAGCCGAAUCAGCAUGUGCGACUAUGAGGCACUGAAAUACGACAAGGAAAAGCUCAAGGAAGCCUCUGUGCCCUUGGGGAUCAUCGUGGUUCCGGGAGACAGUGACCUGGAGUUGUGCCGGACCCAAAUCCAAAAGCUGCAGGAGGAGGGAGAUGGAGCCAAGCUGAAGACACUGUCAUUCCAGAAGCUGUCACCCAAGUGGUGCUUCCUGGACUCAACCACAGCUGAUCGGUUCUACAGGAUAGACCGCGCACAGGAGCACCUCAACUAUGUGACAGAGAUCUCUCAGGAUGAGCUUUAUGUGCUGGACCCAGAGCUAGUGAUCACCCAUACUGUGAGCACCUCUCCUGCCAUGCCUGACCUCGUGGACUCAUCUGCCACGCCCCCGGGGCAGCAUUUUGCAUUCCCCUCCUCUUCCUCUUCUCCACCCUCCUCCCCUGCCCCCAGCACUGAGCCUGAGCGCUGCCUCCCACACAAAGAUGACCUUCUGAUAGAAGCUGCCAAGAGUGGCAACUUCAGCAAGUUCCAAGAGCUGCACAGAGCUGGAAGAGACCUGAUGGUGCGAGACUCCUCGGGCCAGACUGUCCUCCACCAUGCUGUCAAAUCAGGGAGCAAGGACAUCGUCAAAUAUGUCAUUGAGAACGCCCCUUCAGAAAUCCUUGAUGCCACGGAGGAGGAGAACGGUGAAACCAGCUUGCACCAGGCUGCAGCCUUACGCCAGCGCACUAUCUGCCACUACAUCGUGGAGGCCGGGGCUUCGCUCAUGAAGACAGACCUGCAGGGAGACACCCCGAAGCACCGUGCUGAGAAAGCCAAUGACGCUGACUUAGCUGCCUACCUCGAGAACCGACAGCACUACCAGAUGAUCCAGCGGGAGGACCAGGAGACAGCUGUGUAG